CCAAAAACAGAUUUUUGCCAAAGUACAAUCAGGCAAAGUGCGCUAUUAGGACACUACCAGGAGUUUGCAUGUCUCUCUCUCUCUCUCUCUCUCUCUCUCUCUCUUGCGUCUGUUGCUAACUUCAGUGCUCUUCUUUCUCUUUGUGCGCGCAGUAAAUCAGAUCGAUACAGCUGCGCAUCGCAUUCACAGCUGAUCAAACAGACCUCUGCUCUUCAGCUCACAUCACCUGCUGUCGCAAGCACUUCCUCUGACACAGUUGGGCCUACAAUGCACUAGUCUGUCAAGCCAGGACCUCGCUUGAGUUCUCCAGAAUGAGCUCUUCCCCUGGUCCGGCCUCUGCGUCAGCCCCCCCUGCCAUGGACUCCGGCAAGGCCAAUCGAGGGGACUCGCCUAACACCUUACCCCAUCUGUACACAUCCCCGCUCGGCAUGGACAGCCGGACCAUCUGCAUUCCAUCUCCGUAUGUGGAAGCCUGUCAGGAUUAUUCACCACCGCAUGGGGGAGAGAUCAGCCAUGGAGCCUUAACGCUCUACAGCCCCGUGUCCUCCACAGUGCUGGGGUACACUCAUCCCCCCGUGACCGAAAGCCUGGUCCCGCUCAGUCCGACAAUCUUCUGGCCUCCCCACACCACACACCCUGCGCUGUCUCUGCACUGCCCGCCUCCACUGGCCUACAGCGAAACACACGCACACACCACCUGGGAGGACGCCAAGACACACAUGAUUAACCAGGGCAGCUCUGUCCUUACUCAUGCAAAGCUGUUUGGGCAGCAACUGGAUGGUGAUGGUGGCUUGAAUCCUUCACCAGGCAUUUUGGGUAAAGGAGACGCACACUUCUGUGCGGUGUGUCAUGACUAUGCCUCUGGGUAUCACUAUGGUGUCUGGUCAUGUGAAGGGUGUAAGGCUUUCUUCAAACGGAGCAUUCAAGGGCACAAUGACUAUAUUUGUCCAGCCACCAACCAGUGCACCAUUGACAAGAGCCGACGCAAGAGCUGCCAGGCCUGUCGACUCCGCAAGUGCUAUGAAGUGGGCAUGAUGAAGUGUGGUGUGAGGCGGGAACGCUGCAGUUACCGAGGUGCUCGUCAUCAUCGCAACCCCCAGAUCAGAGACAGCUCAGGCGGGGCGUUAGGGGUCAGACGUCAUUCCCAGCCUCAAUUAGAAUUUCCCCUCAGUCCCACUCAUCCACUCUUCCCUUCGGGGGACAGAGCUGAGGGGUGUGGCCGGAGCCUCUCCCCAGAGCAAUUAGUCAACUGUAUUCUGGAGGCGGAGCCUCCUCAGAUUUACCUGAGAGAGCCAAUAAAGAAGCCGUACACUGAGGCCAGCAUGAUGAUGUCACUAACCAACCUCGCUGACAAGGAACUGGUGCUCAUGAUCAGCUGGGCGAAGAAGAUACCAGGUUUUGUGGAGCUGACUUUGUCAGAUCAGGUGCAUCUUUUGGAAUGCUGCUGGUUGGAUAUAUUGAUGUUGGGACUGAUGUGGAGAUCCGUGGAUCAUCCCGGGAAACUCAUGUUCUCACCUGACCUCAAACUCAACAGGGAGGAAGGGAACUGUGUGGAAGGCAUCAUGGAGAUCUUUGACAUGCUGCUGGCCACCACCUCCAGAUUCAGAGAACUGAAGCUUCAGAGAGAGGAAUACGUCUGCCUCAAAGCCAUGAUCCUUCUCAACUCCAAUAACUGUUCAAGCUUGCCACAGACUCCUGAAGAUGUGGAGAGCCGUAGGAAGGUUCUGAGGCUGCUGGACUCUGUGACUGACGCUUUAGUUUGGACCAUCUCCAGAACAGGCUUGUCCUCACAGCAACAGUCCAUCCGGCUCGCCCAUUUGCUAAUGCUGCUCUCACAUAUUCGACACCUCAGCAACAAAGGCAUCGAGCAUCUGUCAACCAUGAAGAGAAAAAACGUGGUGCUGCUAUAUGAUCUUCUGCUAGAGAUGCUGGAUGCCAACACAUCCCAGAGCAGCCGGAUGCUGGCGGCUCACACAGAAACCUCUCUCCAGUCGGACACACAACAGACCACAGAGAUCCUCCACACAUCCAGACAGCAGCCUGCGCUGAAAGAGAGCUACCAGGAGCCCUGGCACAGUCCACAAGCUGAAGAGACAGUGGAUAAGAUAUUACAUUGUAGUCUGCAUCGAGUGGACAUGGACACAGAUUGACAGUAUCCCUUCUGUGGGGUAAAAAUCUCCCUGGAUGCAGCAUUGGAUAUGAAUCCAAUUUCCAAGCCGCUUUUCCAAUGUAGGGUCACGGGGGAUUCAAAUCAGACCUGGAAAAAAAAAACUUAGAUUACCAAUGACAACCUGAACCGAACAGGGCUUUUAAAUGGCGCUCAGUCUUGCUUCAACACAAUGCAGUUUGAACUGUUGUUUUCCUAUUAUGCCAACCUGAAGAGGAAUCCUUCUUAUUCAAACCAGUCAUGUUUUCAGUAUUCAAGAAAUCACAAAUGGAAUCAUUUUAAUGGCUGGUUCCAUUAAAUGUGAAGUGUGUAAUUUCUGUGGUAAACACAAUAGAAAGAAACCGUUUUAAACAAAAUUCGAACACUCCCCCAUCUGCCAUUUCUCAGCAACCAGCUAGCACCACCCCUAAAUAAUGCCAUUGGUUGUGUCCUUUUAGGCCUUUCAAACAGAUGACCGAAAUUACACACUGCACAUUUAAAUAUUUGGUUUGCCAUCCAAGUUGUCUGAGAACCUCUGACUUAACAAACAUGACUGUUUUUCUGAAGACUGGCCAAGCUAAAUGAAACGCACACUUCUAAUAGUUUAUGCAUUUUGUACUCUUGUGUCUGUGUAUUUGUAAGACAUUGAAGUGUGCUGUUAUUUGCUGUUCUGUGUUGCUUCUCGUGGUUUAUAAAGUACUUGUCACUGACAGUAAAUGUAAGGCUUUUAAAAACAUCUGGGCGUGUUGAUGCCUCUUUCAGAAGUUUUCUUAAAGCCUGGCUUAGACGCACAAUCAACACAUGAAAAGUGUAUCAAAUUAUAUUAUACUUUGUAAUGUGUAAUUACAGAUGCAGCUGAGUUUUCUGGUGCUACGAGUGUUAAUAACGAUGCAUCCUUGUGUAAACACUUCAUAUUCUGCACCUGAAGUGUUCUGAGAAGCAGCAAUUGCAUUAAAGCUGCAGUGUAUAAUUUUUGCAUGUAUUGCAAUGCUGAGUUCCAUUUUGGUGGGCUCAUCCCAGUGCUCCCUUCGAAGGGUUUACCCUCCAGAGUCAGUGCUUCGAAGGGAUGAAGGGUGUAGGAGACCAAAAAAAAUUGCUCCUUGCAAACCACUUCUGCGUCAUUUUGCUAAGAAAAUUAAUGUGGCACCGUCGUCGCACAAAGAAUCAUGGCAGCAAAGUUGUACCUGUUGAAAUCCUUCAUUACGAAGUGCCCUUCAGAGGUGGAGUUAUCUUGUUUGGAACGCAACGUGAAAGUAAUUUUCAAACAUUUUCCCCACACACUCCCUCGUUUGUCAUUGGUUGGACAAACACAGUCCCAAACUCAUGUCAUUGAGCAGGCUGAGGUGCUCAAAUUAACAGCAUUUAAAUAGCUCCACUGCAUUAACCUACUUUUAUUUAUCUGGUGAAACUGAAAUAAUAAUAAUAAUAAUAAUUGCACUUCAGCUUUAAACAGGAAAAAAUAUACAGAUGAUACACUGACACAACAGUAAGUUUCUACAGGUAGCAAAACUAAAUUCAUUUUAUUGUAUUCAGCUGCAUAAUAAAUAAAUCUGUGGGAAUUAAAUAAGUGAACACUUGCAUAUUUGUACAUGAUGUUUAUUUGUAGGAAAAUUGACUUCAAACUCAAAAAACACAAACAUCUUUAUAUUCUCUUCAACCAGUGUUUGACAGUGGCAGUGCAAGGUUUGCUGCAAAAUAAAUUCAUAACAAACUGAA